AUGUUGCUCGAGCAGAUUUCUGUCGUCAUUCAGGCUUUCUACCUCACGUUGCUCCUCUCCACGACGGUGGCCAGCUGUAAAAAAGGGCCGAAGAGCAACAAGCCCAAAAGGCCAAGUGACCUCAAUUCCGCCAGACUAGACCUCUCACUGCCUGAGAAAAGUGGAAGCAUGAUCCCCGUUGAUCCGAAUGGGGGGAAGACGACCGUUCUCGCUCCUCAAAAGCCGAAGAUCAAGCGGAUUCAAAAGAAAUUACCAAAAACUGAUACAAUGACCAAUUCGUCGAAAGAAAAAGUAGCUUCGAAAGACAACAAAACAUCGUCGAAGGAUGAGGAGAAGCAAAAGGAGAAAGAAAAAAUCAAAGCGAUUUCAAUGUCCCGAUCGGAUCGAGAUGAGUCACCACCACAUAAAGCCGAGAAAUCCGGCAGCUCUUUGAUGCAACGUCCCGAUUGGUGGUUGGGUUUAUUGUUU